AUGAAGGAUAACGAAACAGUUUAUGAAUGUUUUGCAAGAACUUUGGCUAUUGCAAACAAGAUGACUGCUCAAGGUGAGAAGAUGGAGCAAACCACCAUUGUUGAGAAGGUGUUGAGGUCUAUGACCAUAAAAUUCAAUUAUGUGGUGUGCAUGAUAGAAGAAUCGAAUGAUGUCACAUCCUUGUCCAUUGAUGAGCUACAAAGUAGUCUCUUGGUGCAUGAGCAAAUGAUGAAGAUCACUCAAGAAAAUGAGGAUGGACAUGUGUUAAAGAUUGUAAGAAAUGGUUGUGGUGGUAUCAACAGUCACGGUAAGGGACAUGGUGGCUUUCGUGGUCGUGGCAGAGGAAGACUGGGCAAAGAUUAUAUCUAA